GGCUUUAAACCCCGCGCUCAUCCUUAUAUAGCAGGCAGCGAGGCAUUAUACCUGGAGUCACCACGAGUAGAUCAGAGGCCAGAGGAAGGAAAAAAUUUUGAGCAGUAUGGCUCUUUCAUUUGCUCAGCCAGCUGCUCCGUCUCCAUCACUUCCGCGCUCCCUCACCCAUCGCCCAUCUGCCUUGGCAUCUCUGCCUGUAUCUCCGGGCGGCCACCUCCGUCAGUCACUCUCCCUUUCACCUCAGCUUCUCCGCACGAGAAGAAGCACGCGCCAUUCCUCCUUUGCCCUUCUAAAGCCGGAGGAGGGCUUCAUGCAGGCAGAUGAAAAGGAGGAGGAUCUGAUUGGUGCAAUAGAGGUGGAACUUGCAUGCAUUGAGACUUGUUUAAAGGAUACUGCUACUCUUUUUGAGGCUCUAAUGUUGGUGGAUUUGAUGGAACGGCUUGGAAUCCAAAGAUACUUCGAACACCAAAUCCGACGUAUUUUACGCACAAGCUACAUGCAAUGGGAUGAUAAGUAUGGGUUGAAUGAUGCAAAAACCACAGUAUUAGCCUUUCGCUUGCUAAGGCUUCAUGGCUACCCAGUCUCUGCAGGUGUUCUUAUGGCUUUAGAGGAUGGGAAAAAGAGCUUUUAUGAAUGUUUCUCCGUCGAUUCACCGACCAAUAUAUCAGCUAUGUUGAACCUGUAUAGAUGCUCUCAGACAGGCUUCCCGUCUGAAUCAAAAAUCAUGGGAGAAGCACAGGAAUUUGCAAGGUCCCAACUCCUUAACGUCUUGUCAGAGGGGAACCCAACUCUGUUGCAGCCCAACAACCUUGGGAUAGAGGUAAAUUUUGCAUUGGAAUUACCUCGUCGACGCCUCAUGCCAAGAUUAGAGGCAAGAAGCAUUAUAAAACAAUUGUGGCCAGGAAAUGAGAGUACAAGAAAAUAUUUGAAACUUGCAAAAUUGGACUUGCAAAAGUUGCAGAAGCUAUAUCAACAAGAGUUGGAGGAAUUGGAGAGAUGGUGGCAACGAUUUGGGUUUGAUGAAGUGAAAUGUGCGCGUAAGAGGCUUGCACAAACUUACUUUGUAGUGGCACCAACUAUCUAUGAACCUCAAUUUUCAUCCUUUCGGCUGGCCUAUGCCAAGGGUGGAGUCUUGACCACCAUUCUUGAUGAUCUCUUUGAUGACAAAAGCUAUGACCUUCAAGAACUUCGGCGCUUCAACGAGACUUUCAGGAGGUGGGACUCAUCUCUGAUCAAUGAUCUUCCUCAACACAAGCUAGUAUUCGAAGGCAUAGACGGUACCUAUCUAGAGCUGGCAGCAGAAGCCAACCGAGUUCAGGGUCGCGACAUCCUUCCCAUAUUCAAGCAUAUGUGGGCAGAGUAUGCAGCUUCCUUUCUAAAGGAAGCAGAAUGGAUGCAUAGCGAACACAUUCCGACCUACGAAGAAUACAUGCAAUGCGCCACGGUCUCCGUUGGAGUGAAAAUAAUAACAUGGACAUCUGCAUUCUUGCUGGGAGAGAAGAUCACAGAUGAGAUGCUCAGCCGCAUUGGUCCUGACUCACGCUUCACGGACCUCGCUGCAGUCGUAGGCCGACUUUCCAAUGAUCUUAUCUCCUUUCCGAGGGAGCUCGAGGAGGGAAAGUUGGCCACGGGGGUUGGCUGCUACAUGAGGGACCACCCAGGCUGCACCCAGGAGGAAGCCACGGUAGGUCUCACCAAUGUGAUUGACUUGGCUUGUCAGGAACUGGAGUGGGAGCUCUAUCGAUCAAGAGCGGUAGCGCCAGAGUUCUGUAGCCGUGCGGUCCUGAGUAAUGCUCGGAGUGCCCGUCUUCUUUACAGAAGGAUGGAUGGCCUUACCAAUUCCGAUGAAGAAUUCAUGAAGCUCUUCCAAGAUUUUAUGUUUAACCCACUUGAAUGAAGGCUUCUUGAGCCUGCAGCGAAGCAAUGAAUUCAGCAGUUCGCACCAAGUCAAUCUAUAUAUGUUUCCCUCUCGCACCGUCUAUGACACAAUUUGAACUUGUAAGCAAAUUAAUUCGUGCCUUAUGUUAGCAUAAUUUUAGAAAUCAUUUUGCAAUAUGCAAUCGCCUAUAAUAUUUUUUUUAUUUGCAUAAUCAUGUAUCAAUUUAUUUUAUUUUUCUUAUAUGGAGUUUUUUCUCAUAUGGAGUAUGUACACUAGUAUAUAUAACUUCAUAGAUGUAUUGAAUAUGAUGGAACAAAGAAAUAAAAUUAAUUUUCUUUUUUUUU